GAAGGCGUCUUAUCGCUGUCGUGGCACUGUAGUUAACGCACCCUGUCGUUUCGUGUUGCAGAGAAGUGCCUAGAAGCACAGGGGCUGCUGCUGGUGAGCGGCUGCAAUGUGUGCAGCCGCUGUUAACGUUAGCUGUUGUUAUUGGUCUCCGGCCGCGUGCAGUAUUUGUGAUAUAACGAUGUCACGAGCGCUUCUCCCCGUUCAGUUCUGUCCCGGCGGGGAAAAGCGCCCCGCAGCCGCCGCGCAUCUGUAACAUUUACACACAGCUUGGGUUAAUUUCGGGGGACAUUUUCAACAUACCGCUGCUGGUAGCCGAACUCAGCUUUUCUCUUUCUUUUUGGCUGCUUGCUUAUCUCCGAGACUUCAUUGUUGCUCUGUCUCUUGGUUCUGUCUAUGUGCGCGCAGAGAGGGGAAGGAUGAAAAAAAACAAACUCCUUUUAAAAUGUAGCAAAUAAAUAUGGCCGUGCGUCCUGGCACAUGGACAAUUCUUCUCGCAACCCGACUUAAUUCGUGUCGCAAAUGGAUACGUCUGCGUAGCCUGCUGCUAAACAAGCUUUUCUCCCACUCGUGUGUUUGUGUCACACCGCUGUUAUGGUUUCACUCUCUUAAUUUUUUUUUUUAACUCAAAAUUGCGCAGUGAGCGAGGAUAGCCAGCAGCGGGCAAUUAUAGCGACAACUUGGAAGUUUUGGUUGAAUGAAAGUGUUGUAUGGGUGAGCGUGUGUCCCACAUGACCCUUAACAAUUCGCGAAAGCUCCAAAAACCUCAUUCCCGGAGUGGGUUUCUGUUGUUUUGCGGCUAAUGAUCCAACAAAGCAACCAGUGGGUGGUCAGAUUUACACAGUCACGUUAAAGACUUGCUUUGAACCGGGGGAAAACGUUUUUUCUGCUAAACGCGAGGAAGUUGCUGAAAAACCUUGCCUUCAGCUUAAUUGUUUUGGGAAAUUCGGCGACCUGGCUUCAAAAAUUGGGCCCCCCUUUGGAACUCCACAAAGUGAACGUUGAUAUGCCACAUCAGUGAUGGAGCCCAUGACGGUGACAACGUCAGUGGUUGGACCCGAUGAGUUCGACCGCAAUGCCCCGCGGAUCUGCGGCGUGUGCGGGGACAAGGCCACCGGCUUCCACUUCAAUGCCAUGACCUGCGAGGGCUGCAAGGGCUUCUUUAGACGCAGCAUGAAGCGCAAAGCCUCCUUCACCUGUCCGUUCAACGGGAGCUGCACCAUCACAAAAGACAACCGGCGCCACUGCCAAGCAUGUCGUCUUAAACGCUGCAUCGACAUCGGCAUGAUGAAAGAAUUCAUACUGACAGAUGAGGAAGUGCAGAGGAAAAGGGAAAUGAUAAUGAAGAGGAAAGAAGAGGAGGCAGCACGGGAGGCGCAGAGGCCACGUCUGAACGAGGAGCAGGCGCGGAUGAUCUCCAGCUUGGUGGAAGCUCACCACAAGACCUACGAUGCCUCCUAUUCUGAUUUUUCACGCUUCAGGCCUCCAGUACGUGACGGCCCAGUAACACGCAGCGCCAGCAGAGCCGCCUCCCUUCACUCGCUGUCUGACGCCUCCUCUGAUUCGUUCAAUCACUCACCUGAAUCUGUGGACACCAAGAUGAACUUCAGCAACCUGCUGAUGAUGUACCAGGAUGGAGCGAGCAGUCCUGACUCCUGCGAGGAGGACACCAAACUCUCCAUGCUGCCCCACCUCGCUGACCUGGUCUCCUACAGCAUCCAGAAAGUCAUUGGAUUUGCCAAGAUGAUACCAGGAUUCAGAGAACUGACCGCAGAGGACCAGAUUGCUCUGUUGAAGUCGAGUGCCAUUGAGAUCAUCAUGCUGCGCUCAAACCAGUCGUUCAGCCUGGAGGACAUGUCCUGGAGCUGCGGGGGACCCGACUUUAAAUACUGCAUCAAUGACGUCACAAAAGCCGGCCACACCCUGGAGCUGCUGGAGCCGCUGGUGAAGUUCCAAGUUGGUCUGAAGAAGCUCAACCUGCAUGAAGAGGAGCAUGUGCUGCUCAUGGCCAUCUGCCUGCUGUCUCCAGACCGGCCCGGCGUUCAGGACCACGCCCGCAUAGAGCAGCUGCAGGACCGUCUGUCGGAGGCCUUGCAGGCCUACAUCCGGGUCAACCACCCGGGCGGACGCCUCCUCUACGCCAAGAUGAUCCAGAAACUGGCCGACCUGCGCAGCCUGAACGAGGAGCACUCCAAGCAGUACCGCUCGCUAUCCUUCCAGCCUGAGCACAGCAUGCAGCUCACCCCGCUGGUGCUGGAGGUGUUCGGGAGCGAGGUGUCAUAGCUGAGGAGGAGGAGAAGAAGGAAUCCUUUUUUUUUUUUUGUCCCUUCUACACAGACUCAUUAAGCACAGGAUGAUUAAAAACUCAGCUGCCUUCUCCUCAACUCAAAACGAAGGCUUUCACAACCCUCACACCCUGACUCUCUGGACCCUCAGGAGGGAGGCGGAUAAUCACAUCUUCCCCUCUGUCUACACCUCUUUCGUUACUCCUGGCUUGCAAAAACCAAAUGUCAGCCAUAACUGGAUAUCUGGAUUCAUAGAAUAGAAAUCUGCUGCUGGAUCACCAGAAUCUCAAACCUUGUUUUCUUUUUGUUUUGUUUUUUUCCCCCACAAACAUCUCUCUCAUUUUCAUCCUUUCCACAACUGUGGAAUCCAAAUGUUUUCCAUCACUGAAAUCUACUUCUUGUAACACUUUCUGAAAGUAAAGACAGCUUGAUAGAUGUCAUUUCCCUCUCAUCAUCAUCCUCAUCCUCGUCAUCAUCAUCAUAACUUUCCCACACGUCCACAUGGCAACAACAGUACUCAAAGAUUUGCAUCUUUUACUCAUCCCUCAGCGAUGGACUCUUAUUGUAAAUAGCUAUGAACUUUUGUUGGCUUAUAAAUUCUAACAGCAAAAUCAUCCAAAAAAUAUUGAGCGAGCUCACAGGAAGUAGAAACACUUUUGGGUCACGACGGGAGUUGAGCGAUCUGUAAAUUCUGUGUUAUGUGAAAGAAGGAAUCUUAAAUAUUCAAAACAUAUGAAGACAAAUCUUUCGGCAGAAAUCUUUUAGUUUGAGAAUGAUGGUGCACUUUGGGAAGAAAAAAACAAGAGGAUUCUGGGUAGUCAGAUGGUAGGGGGUUUUACAUUUGUAAAAAAGUAACGAAAGAAGAAUGUAUGUAUAAUUCUACAUAGUUAAAUAUGAUAAGCAUAAGAUGUGCAAGUCAAACAUUAUCUAAUGCUUGACUUGUACUGUAUAUAGACAGAAAUACUUCUGAGAGUGUUUAAUUAUAAAAGUAAUAAUAAAGAGGAUGUUAAGGCCUCCCCUCAGAUAUGUGUAUAUGCAACAUGUACACACAUGCACUGAGACGUGCUAUGAGGAGUCGCUCUAUUUUUGCUAAACGUGUACAGCAUGCAAGAGUAUCGAUGGACCACAAGGGGGUGUGUGCGCAGGCUCUGACUGAACCACAACAAACGCUCUUUGUUGGGCUCUCUGAUUUUUUUUGGACCUGUGAAGUUUGUAGGCUGACAUACACAAAGAUAAUUUCCUGUUUUGUGGAUGGCUAUUUUUUCAGAAAAAAAAAGGAAAAAAACAAAAAAAAAAUCUAGUCGUUGGGCUGGUUGGAUUGCUGCUAAGACAGAGCUUAGAUAGUUGGACAGAAACCAGCUGCCAGCUGUUGCCUCAGGGAAAGUUUGUCUGACGAUAAUGUGUAUUCGGGUUUUUACAGCGUGCGUGUGUGUGUUUGGCGUAAGCUUACAAUCAUGAGAGGGAGAUUUCGAGAGUUUUUAAAGCUCAAGGCAUCACUGUGAUUUGUAAUCAUACUGAAUAACAGCAAAAGGAAGCUAACAGAUUAACGUUUCUGGAAGAAAAAACAAACAAAAUUCUCCAUUUGAGAAACAAAAAAUUCUGAAAUUAUUUCACAUGGUCAGAUUGUCUUUAAGAGAAUAUAUGUAAUACAUUUUUAGCUACACAAUCAUUCUCAUUAAAUUAGUAGAAGCCUUAAAUUGAAUGUUUUAAGGAUAAAGCAAAUAUUUUAGAGCAGUGGUUCUUAAACAUUUUAUAACUGUAAAUAUUCUCCAAUAAGACUGAAAAAUGAACAAAAAGUUCACUUGAUGUUAGAAUUCAAAAUGUGGAAAGUCUGUGUUUUCUCACCAGUCAAAUUCCAACAUGGCUUCCUUGCAUAUAGAGUGAGUGAUACGUGCAGGAAAAAAUAAUUUUAUUUAAACUUUUAGAGAUUUUUUUUGUUAACCUGUUCACAGUGAUCAAAGGAACAAGAUGCAAAGAAAUUCAUUAUUGCCUUAUUUUGCUAACAGUAAUUGGUCAUUAUUGGAAUGACUAAACAUGCUUCCGGCCUGAAUUUAUUUACAAUUAAAGUUCUGGAUAAACUUUUUGUUUUCAAAUUGAUUGUAAAAUUAUUAAACAUUUUCAUAAAUCUAUGUAUUUAGUAUGGAAAUCAGCUAAAUUAGCGCAUCUUUUGGCAUAACACCAUCCACUAGAUGGUAGGGGUGAGAGACAUGGACUUAAGGUUUCAUCACAAUAUUUUGUGGUGUGAUAAAAAUGAUGAGAACAAUUUAACACUUCAUUUUAAGGCAACUAAAAUGAAGUGUCACUCAAAAUGAAAAUUGUGAGUGAAUGACGCUGCAAUCACAGACCCACAAACAUUGUUCUUGAUAACUGCAUUUAAUCAUAUUUCCAGAUUUACGAAUAUUUGUUGAUAUUCUCAUUGAACAAACUGGAGAAAAAUUGUGAAAAUACUAAUCUUGACAAUAGGGACAGUUUUAGAGAUUAUUAAACAUUAUUAAUUUGAAUUCAUCAAGACAACAUUAAAUCAAAAUCUUAUAAGACAUUUAUCACAAUUAAUGAUAAACGAUAUGAUAAAUGCCCACCCUUCUAGAUGGCGACAAAGUGCCCUCCAAUUGAUUUUUGAAAUCAUGUGUUACAUGUGCAUAAGCAAACAUUAGACAUUUCGUUUCAUAAAUACUACUAAAAAUUGUUAGUUUUGCUAAAGCUAGCCGAGGUGCUAGCACCGGUACUUGCAUGAGCGUUUGAGAACCACGGCUCUAGAGGAGUAGCAGACUGUAAUCGCAGAGGGCAGAGACACAAACAUGAGAAGGACUUUUACAUGGAUGAAAAAAGUUCAGCCUCCUACCUUUUUGUUGUCACAUUUAUGUCAUUUUAAUACCAGCUGCAUAAGCAAAGGUAGUUUUUAUCACUACAUAUCAUAUUGUUUCUGUUGACAUGGCGCAUGCUCACACCUCAUGCAGACCUGGAUCACCCCCUUGUGGAAAAAAAACUUUGUAAAUACCACUUUCUUAGUCUGUACAUAGCAGCUGAUGUAGGUAAAUUACUAAGAGGAGUAAGUCGUUGACGGGAAGGUGCUUUGGAGAUGCUAGGCUAUAUGCAAUUAGAGAAACUUACUGUGUAUUCAAUUUGAGUGGACAGAGCCGCUUAAUACGACCGACUUAAUGAGUUGUUUGUCACAUAUAGUAUUAUAUUAUGAAUAUUUUAGAGAGCUAGGAUCAGCUUCCAUCUAACGCCAAAUAUGAGCUUUUGAUGUAAUCUCUUAAAUAAGAGAUGGAAAUAAAAAUUUAUCUUAAUUUCAAAUGAAUUGAACAUUCCCAUAAUCCUAUAAUCACCCAAAGCGACUCAGUAAGUUCUCAUUAUUAGGCGACUUUUUGUCCAUUCCAAGAAUUCUGGAUGUACGUCUUUCCUCUCUUGUUCAAUCAAUAAGCUUUUGAUGAUAUAUAUAUAUACAUAAUACUUUCAUUUGGGUAAUUAUCUGAUUUCUUCUGUUUGUCAAGAUUGUUUAUUUGCAUCCUGCUGCAAUGCUUGGCUUUCUGCUCGGGAGCUUUGUUGAAUGAAGCAGCAUGUGUGGACCUAUGGAGCCUAUCCCAAGUAUUUUAACUCUACAAGGAAAAGCAAAAACGUUUGCUCAUCAUCUGUAAGAACUGCAGUCCACAUAUGCAUCAUCUUUUUUCAGGAGCUAAUUUCUCAAACCGCCAAGUGAUCAUCAAUAACACUGCCUCAACUGGUUGGGUACGAGACGUAUCUGACUACUAGCUAUGGCGUGCCUCUUUGUUCAUCAACCAGUCAUGUUACCAUCUCUUCUUCUUUGUCAUUGUCUUCAACAGCCAGUUACAACAACUCUUCUCUGCAUAGCUUUAAGUUAGCAGCCAACCAAGCUCCGCUCUGGAAAUCCGUGACACACCCAAGACCUGAUGGGGGUCCUGGGAUUUGAAGGAGUGCCGUCAGUUUGGACCUCAACAAGACUGUGUAGAAUUUGUAUAAAGGUUAUACAAGAUCAAGUGUUUUUAAACUGCAAAGACGUAGGGACUCGCCGUACAAGCAGAGUGCUCAAGAGACUGACCGAUGGACAGAUGUCGCCUCUACUGUCUCGAGUUGGGACGUUGUUGUGCUUUGUACUCCGUGACUCAAGGUUCUGAUUUUUUUUUUAACAAAUUGUGGUUUGUUUGGUAACAAUAGUCGUGUAAAGACUUUUUUCAUUCAGCAUCUACAUCACAGAAUGCAGGACAGGGCGACAGGGGGGAGAAUCUGCAGUUUUAGGGGUGCAGUGUGACGCAUCAGUUAUAUCUAGAUCAAAUUUAGAUGUCUACACUCCUUGGACAAAAAUUUUGUAGUUUUCACACCAUUUUAUAGCAGAUUUGUCAGCGCCCCAAAAUCAUUGAAGUCUCUCCCGUCCUGUAGCCCUCGUCCCCCUCGAACCAGGUCAGCAGCUCCACCUCAGUAGCCUUAUUUACAAAGACCUCACUAAGCUGGAAACAUUUAACAGAUACCUCAGUGAUUUACAGUAUAGACUUUUCACAAUAGCCUUUAAAGGGAACCAAACAUAAACGUCUACCACACAGACACACCACAACUCUCUCCUCAGAAACCUUCAGUGUUUUCAACCUCAAGUCGACUGCAAACUCUAAAGCAGUUCUUGCAUAACAAGGGACAUCCGGUAGAAUUUGCUAGUCAGUAUCCGAGUGGAUCCCAAUGUUUCUAAAUGUUGACGCUCUGCUUUCCCUCCUCUUCUUGGUUUGUCUCUGUCCGUGUUCUGUUGAGCUUCGGCACCACGUUUAACCAAAAAUACUACCUCUCCUGUCUGGACAUAUAGAUAUAUAUUUUUGGGGGAGUUGCAGCAUGAUUGUGUAAUAUAGAACACAAGUUUUUAUUUUAACAAUAAUCUAGAGGUUUUUAUGUUUGUAUAUUUACAGUAGAGUUUUUUUUCUUUUUUUAAUGCUGGAUUAUUUUUCUUUUCCAAUUUUUUUUUACCUCAAAUCGCUACAAAUUUUAAAUCUGCAGUGCGGAACUUUAAUUCCCCCUUCUGGCUGGUAGAUGAGUUACAGUGUAGAUAUAUGUGAUGUACAGCCACACAAUUUCACUGCUUUCAUUCAUACCAUCACUCAUAAUUUUUAUUGCAAUAGUUUUAGGCUCAGAUCAUUAUAUAUUGGUAUAGAUAUGCAACAGCUGACACUUACAGAUUUAUUUAUUGUGCAUUUGAAAUUUAAAAACAUUUAAAUACAUCAAAGUGUUGCAUCAUUCCAUAAGAAGAAGUCUUAGACAGUAAACACUGUAUUAAUUUUAUUUUUAUUUUUUUUGCAUGAUAGAUUAGCUUACAGAGCAGAUUUAACAUUUGCAGAUCUUUGCAUGUUCAUUACUUCAGCUUCAAUGUCAUUAACAGUGGGCCGCUCUUGCACCACUUUCUCACUGACUGAAGUGUGUGAAUGCAUGAUUAAACUCCCUGCAUGGUAACUAAGGCUUCAUUCACAUAGCAACUCAAAGCGCAGGUAAUUGUUGGAUCCUCGUGUGUGACAAGAUGGGAUCUAUUUCGACUGAAAAGCAAAACUCUUGUAGAUAAUUGGACCUGUAGAACAGGAACGUCUCUCUGUAUCUCACUGCACCUGCUUUUAAACCACCUUCGGUUGCCAUAGUAGCGUCAGUGGCUCAGCUGGGAAAAAAAUGCAGAGCAGAACACUGUAGCGUGUUCACAGAACACUUAGAAAUGCCUGAGAAAAAUACUCGUGCCAUGUGUAAAAUGCUUUAAUUUCUGUUUAAGCUGUUUAUGAAGUGCUAUUUUUGAACAUAUGCAGCCGCACUUAUUAGUACCCCUGAUAAACAAGGGUAAAAUGAGCUAAAAUAAGUUUGUCUUUUAACCCUCCUGCGUUCUAAUUGCGAUGCUCAGAAGGAGAGCGGCAUGUGUGACGGUCAGACAGUGAGGAAGCAGGAGCGGUUAUCCCAUCAGACCGUCACUUCCAGAAACCACAACAACAACCACAAAACUUAUGUCGCUCGGGGGUUCCGCGCACAGUAAAAAGCUUGUGGGGUCCAGUUGACCCCUUCUCUUAAGACUGCGGGAGGGUUUUGUUUAACGCAGAAGCAUUAUCUCACACUGAAGAAUAAAGAAAGUUCAAACAAUCAUGUCAUUUAAAAGUCCCACCUUAGGAAAAAGUAAGGAAUAAUAAUAGGAAAACAUGUUUAUGUAUAUUUCUGCCCCCGGGACACAGAAAGGCAUGAACUCACAUCUUCUUAAAAAAUAAAGCUAAGUAUUAAUAUACUUUUCCACCUGUGAUUUUGUUCAAUAAAAUACAUUUCUCCAAUUAAAAAAUUGACCAAUAAAAAAGUUCAGGGAUUCUGCAGCUGCAAUAAAGGCAGACUACAGCCUUUGCACGUCUGCCAGGGGUGCCACUAAAUAUGUUGAGCUCUGUAGAUGAACUAGGUUACAUAUACAGUAUAACUAUAAAAGACUAAAGAGUAGUUGAUUUUCUUCAAAAGCUACUAAACUAACAGCUGGAUUUCUGCUGCAUGAAAACCACCUUUGUGCAGCUUGUGCCAAAACUUUUAGCUCAGCUGAAACGUUGAGCGGAAAGAAUUUGACGUUUGUUAGUGUCAGAUAAGGAGAGCUGUAGAUUUUUCUCUCGCUGAUGCCGCUCAGCCGGCUGGUUGAGUUUUUGUAACAUUGGGAUCCCGAUUUAGUUCAUCACCAAAAGUAGAAUUUUUUUUGUUUUGCUUUGUUUUUGCAGCCAGACACAUACACACACACACUUUCACAUUUAUACCGCAGCCUAUCACUCUCAGCACUCUGCCUUCUGUCGCUCACCUCUAACUGAUUCUGAUUGGCUGAUUUAGUUGGUGCUGUGAGUCCGUUUGAAGACAACCAGGCCACUUUGUUGCUUGACGAGUUUUUUUUUUCUCCCCUUUUUGUGAAUAAGAUAUAUUUGCCAGCUUCACUUAAGUCAAAAUUUAGCACCUCAAACUGCUGUGAAAAAGGAUCCAACCCUUACAGAUUUCCUUGGUUUUUGCUUGUUUUGUCUCACCUAAAUGUUUAGUCAUCAAACGUGUUUUAAAAUCAGACAAAAAUAACCUCUGUGCGUGUGUGUAUAUAUACAUAUAUGUACACACACACACACACACAUAUAUACAGUACAGACCAAAAGUUUGGACACACUUUCUCAUUGAAUUCAAUAUAUAGAGGGUUUUUUCUGCAUGAAUGUGUGUAAGACCACACAACAGGAUUUCAGUCAAAUUUAGGUUCAGACUUUGACUAGGACACCCCAAGUUCUUCAUUUUGGGGUGGACUUUCUGGUGUUGUCCUGCUGUAUGAUUUCAAGAUGUGCUUAAACGUAAAGGACAUGAAUUUGAUAGUUGGACAUCCUCUUUCAGCUGAAUCCAUCUUGUUCCUGAGGAAGCAAAGCAACCCCAGACCAUCGUGCUCUCGCCACCAUGUGUUGUUAUUCUCAAAUUCUGUUGGUUUCAUAGAUUUGUGCCCACAUUUUCCUAAAGUUUUACUUUUUUCAGACCAAAGGAUAUGUUCCUAAAAGUCUUGAAUGCUUGGCUAAUGUGGGACUAAUAUGUUCCUUUUGAUCAGCUAUGGUUUUGCCGUUGAAAUGCCCCCAUGGCAGCCAUCUUUGCCUAGUUUCUGUUUUGCUGUUGAAUCAUGAACACUGACCUUGUCUGAGGUCGGUGAACCCUUCAGGUGUUGCUCUGGAAGUUUUGUGACCUUGUGGGUGAGUUGUUGAUGAGUAAUUCUGUCGCUUCCUAGGAAGCUUCACCACUCUUCCAUGUUUUCACUGUUUGUCUACAGUGAUUCUCAGUGUGGUUCCUGAAAUCCCAAAACUUUAGAAAUGGGUUUGUAAACAAUCCCAGACUGAUGGAUGUCAGUGACCUUGAGUUUCUAGAUCUUGCAGCCUGAUUUGACAUUAUUCAGCCUACUUCAUGUUGUCAGUCAGGGGCGAGUUGAGUGAGUUUUUGAUCUUACAGCUAAUCAAAGUUGGGUGCUGAUAAUGAAUCCAAACCUACAGGGUUUGUAUGGGUGCUUCAAAUCCUUGAAAAUGCUUGAAUUUCAAUUAGGUGUUUUCAACAUUUGGAAAGUACUUGAUUUUUGUACAAAGUCCUUAAAAGUGCUUUUGUGCAGUUUUGAUCUGUGUAACAAAUUUAUUGAAACUGGGGGACUUUUUUUGUUAAAUUAUUGUUUUGUUCUCAGACCAGCCAGGUGUGUCAGGUGUGUGAAAGAGACAUUUCAAAACAUACAAUUUUGUUGCAUUUUAGCUUACUACUAAUUGAAACUGUCUUCUUUAGUUCAUUUGUAUUAUUUUUAUUUCCAAUAUUUGGUGCUGAGAAAGUUUGGAAAUUUACCUUGAAAAGUGCUUGAAUUUUGGGAAAAUGUACAAACCCUGAGCCUAGUUUUUGUGGUUAGUCAGGUAAUUCAUUCAGCAGGAUAAAUAUUUGUUAAAUGGUUCUUCAUUCAGGGCCUGGGUGGCUUGGACAAGUUUUUACCCCUAAUAAGUUAUAGUUUGUACACUACAUUUCAUAUUUCCUCAGGUUAUCUUUGUCUGAUGUAACAAUCUAUUCAUGUAAAGCAGUGAUGUCAUUUUGAACCGUAUCAAAAUUGUGAAUGACCUUAAUAUAUUAAUAAUCAGCAGUGUCUGCAUUUGAUGACUACUUCUUAAGAUUAAAUAGUAUUGAACAUAUUUUAACAUUAACAAAAUAACUGCUUUGAUUUGAUCAUCUGGUGGAUCGCAUUCCAAAACUUACGACCUCGAGUUUGACAUGUGAUCUAAAACAUUUAAGUGUGCCAAAAAGAAGACAUCUUUAAGGGGGCAUGUGCUUUUUUCAUUGCACUGUAGCUUCAAGUGGAUCUCAGUUUUUCAACCUUUUUGAUUCAAAGUGUUUGAACUAAAACUUGUUUGACCUUGAGAAGAGCAGCUGCUUACAAAGUCUGUUUUCUUCCUGUUAGCUGAUUGCUACCUGCUGCUCUGACUCUGUUUCUCUGCUACCUCUUUAAAUAUGCGCUUGCUUGCUCACACACACACCCACACACCCCCCACACCUGCACUUCAAUACUGACUGAAGCAGACAGUGAACACACACACAUUCAGACAAACACACACGUGUGCACUUCUCGUUCCCUCACCAGCAGUGUUUUGCCAAUGAUGCACUUGUGGUUUUUUGUCUAGUAAAAUGUUCUGCAAAACAUAUGAAGUCUGAAAAGUGAUUAAUCAGCCUAUGUAUCUCUUUUUUUUCUUGCUGGGUUUUUUAUUAUUAUUAUUAUUAUUAGCAAAUCUUUAUAAUAGUUGGUUUGGACAAGUGAUUUAACGUAAAUUGAAUUGUAAAUCAUGUACAUUUCAAAAAGCUUCAUGUCUUUUUCAAAGGAAACACAGAAUUGCACAUUGUGCUCAGCUCAGUUUUACCUUGGUGUGCCUAAAACCCACAGCCUUAUUUUGGGACUAUAUCAGGGGUUUUCAAUCAGAAUUCAAAACGUUCUGUAUCGUCUUUUUCUCUCUCUCUCUCUCUUCAUAUCCACACGUAUGUUAGUUUGUAACAAGCCAAAAGUAGCUCUCAUGGAGGCGCAUUCCCAUCACAGGGAUGCGCUCAGUAUUGGUUUAUGUUGGCUGGGAUUCCCCUUUAUUUAUUCCCCUUCUGAGGAAACGUCCGACUACGUGUCAAUCAGAUAACCUAAAAAGAAAAUACAACUUGUUCUGAUGUAGCAAAGUGUAAUAAAAUUCAGAGUUUUUAUGUGAUUUGACUUAAUUUAAGCUUGUUUGUACGAAUGUCCUGUAAACAGACCUGUUCUAAUAAUUCUGUGUGCGAGAAGCAAAUGUUUUAAGUCAGAGUUUAUUUAAUGAAGAGUCCCAAGAUAAGUAUCUUUAUCCUCCACACUUGCACACGCCACCAUGCAGUAAAAGUCACCAGACACCAGACCAGCUUCUAGCUGAAAUCAAAACCCACUGCUGCCAUGGCGACGCUAUUGAUUACCUCAUCAAUAGCCAUAUAGCAACAAAAUAGUGUUACACAAGAAGUACCUUAACCAGUGUCUCUAUUUUUGCUCAAAUCACCACCUGUCUGUUUUUUUGUUUUUUGCUUCUACUUUUAUUUAUUUUAAUGUUCCUCCUUUUGCUCCCUUCAUUUAUAAGCAAAUUCUUUUGAUUACCAUUAUUGUAUGUAGUAAAAUAUUAAUAAUGCUUUUUUGGGGGGUUGGAGGGAAUCACAAAUAAAACAGCUGUACAUAAUGAUGCAAAACCAA